CUGACGGGAGAGUGCUACAAUUGCGGCGAAGUUGGGUGAGUGAGCACGAUUCUAUUGGCAUUGAGCCAUGGUUUAUAACUCAUGUGUAGUCACAACAAGGCCGACUGCUCCAAUCCUAAGGUCGAGCGUCCGUUCACCGGCACCUGCAACCUGUGCGGCGUUGAAGGUCACAGUGCCCGCAACUGCCCCAGCGCCACUUGCAAACUCUGCGGUGAGGCAGGUCACAAGGCGCUCGAGUGCACGUCUCGCCGUAAGGUCGACUGGACAGGUCUUCCUGAGCUGGAUGCCGAGGAAGCCUGGACGAAGCUUGUCGAUGCAUCGGAGGAGAAGGACCUCGACGUUUUCCGUAUCGCCCUGCGUGCAUACGCUCGUGCCAUCGAUGGCGCUUUCAUUGCGUCCGAGGUUGAACAGGCUCUUCGUGAUUCAGAUCUCAACGUCUUCCUGAUCGCUCUCAGGCAAGAAGUUGCCCCGCAUAUGACCAUCGUGGACCUUAUUGGCAAUCCCGACCGAGAGUAUGUUCUCACAAUCCAGCUCUCUGCGAAGCCUCGCCGUGCUAAGCUGGCACAAGGUUGGCCUGCGGAUGCUGCCGAGAAUAUGGAGCGGCUCAGGUCCGCGGGUUUUGUUCAAGAUCGCGGUGUACCUCUGUGCUCCAAUUGUAACGAGCUCGGCCACAUCAAGAAGCAUUGCAAACAGGAGGUUGUGGAACGCGAGAAGAUGACUCCGAUUGUCACCUGCGUCUACUGUCAGGAGGAAGGUCAUCGUGCGCGCGACUGUCCCAAGGAGCGCGUCAACCCCUAUGCCUGCAAGAACUGCAAACAGGAGGGUCACAAAGCAGCCGAUUGCCCAGAGCCUCGUUCAGCCGAGGGCGUCGAGUGCCACAAGUGCAACGAGACCGGCCAUUUCUCGCGAGACGUAAGUUUGUUCAAUUUCUACGAGUGGAAAAAUCAGCGACUGAUGUUCUUUGAAGUGCCCAAACGUCGAAGCUCGUCCUCCUCGAACUUGCCGCAACUGCGGUUCUGAAGACCACAUCGCCAAGGAAUGUGACCAGCCGCGCAACCCUGACCUGGUGACUUGCCGCAACUGCGAGAAGCAGGGCCACUUCUCUCGCGAAUGUCCUGAGCCGAAGGAUUGGUCUAAGGUCAAGUGCUCCAACUGUGACGAGAUGGGACAUACCAUCAAGGUGAGCGCUCUCCUCCAUAUU